UCUAUAUAAAAUUUUCUAAAAAUCUUGUUGUUUUUUCUCCCUCUUCCUCUCUCGAGCCCUAGCUCUCUCUCUCUAGGGUUCUUCUCCUUCUUUGCCUCCAAUAUUUCCCCCCACUUUCUCCUCAAAUUUCCUCUCCUUCUUUCGUUUCUUUCCGCUUCGAAUCUCGCCGCGUCUCGCGCGUGCAUUGAAGAUGGACUUCGGUGGUGGCCGCAAGCGAGGAAGGCCCGACAUGGCGCUGAACGGCAAUGGUGGAAUGAAGAAAUCGAAGCAAGAAAUGGAGUCCAUUCCAACUGGUAUAGGAAGCAAAUCGAAGCCAUGCACAAAGUUUUUCAGUACUUCUGGGUGCCCUUUUGGAGAGGGAUGCCAUUUCUUGCAUUAUGUUCCCGGUGGUUUUAAAGCUGUGUCUCAAAUGCUGAACCUUAGUGGAACCCCUGCUCUUUCUCCAGCGGCUAGAAACUCUCAAGUCCCACCAUCGUUUCCAGACGGCUCAUCUCCUCCAGCUGUGAAAACCCGUUUGUGCAACAAAUACAACACGGCUGACGGCUGCAAGUUCGGUGAUAAAUGCCAUUUUGCUCAUGGUGAGUGGGAGCUUGGCAGGCCAACUGCUCCAUCGUAUGAAGACCCUCGUUCUAUGGGACCCAUGGGUGGCAGGAUGGGAGGUCGGGUUGAACAUCCUCCACAAAGUCUUGGAGCUGCAGCUAGUUUUGGGGCCUCAGCCACGGCUAAGAUCAGCAUUGAUGCAAAGCUUGCUGGAGCCAUCAUAGGCAAAAAUGGUGUGAACUCCAAACAAAUCUGUCGCCUCACUGGAGCCAAACUUUCGAUUAGAGACCAUGAAACAGAUCCCAACUUGAGGAACAUUGAGCUGGAGGGUACAUUUGACCAGAUCAAACAAGCCAGUGCGAUGGUUCGUGAGUUAAUUGUAAAUGUCGGUUCUGGCUCUGGACCUACAAUGAAGUCAAAUUCCUCGGCUCAGUCAAACAACUUCAAGACGAAGCUCUGUGAUAACUUUGCAAAAGGUUCUUGUACCUUUGGCGACAGAUGUCACUUUGCCCACGGAGCUGAAGAAUUACGCAAAUCGGUGAUAUGAGGGUUGAUGAUGCCCAUGGUCUGAUUUUCUUUAUGUUUAUCCCCUGUUUUUAGGACUAUUAAUUGCUGUUAUAGCUUAUUGUAUUUGGCUUGUUUAUGAUUAAGUUUUUGUUUUUCCGGAUGCAGAGACGGACAAAAUGACAUAUGCACAAGAAUUUAGGUUUUUCAUUUAAAGAUUUAGUGAGAUGGCCUUUGGCAAUUCCUUGUACAACUCUUCUAAUUGAAAAUGCCCGUCUUUGCAGGACAUUAUUAUAUGAAACUUUUAUUUCAGGCAUGUCAAUAAACUUUACGUUUGAUUU